CGUAUAAGUUCACAUUAGUGAAUACAGUUAUCUACAUUUUCACCGCAGACAAAUCCGUUGCUGAUUGAGAGCUGUUGGCUAAACAUGCGAUCUGUGGUGGGAAUCCUGUUCAUGUUCGUUGCCACGGCAAUGAGCGUGAAUGUUCAGCUACUGCAACCGUAUGCGGUGACGGCGGAGACAAUGUACCACAACAUUGACGUGAACCAUGACAGCAUUUUUACCCUGCAGGAAUUCAUUGAUGACUUUAGACAAUAUGAUAUCGACCAUGACGGAAAGAUCACCCGGCACGAGUACACAUCGUUCGUGUGCUUCCUAACUCCGACAAUGUACCAGCUCUCCCAUUAUUUGUUUGACGAGUUCGACAGUGAUUCCAACCACCAUCUUGACACCGGAGACUUCGGAAACUUCUACCACUUGCUCGACAGUGAUCAUAAUGGAACAGUAUCUCUCCCAGAAUGGACGGCAUGGUGGGUCAAGACCUUCCAAAGUCUUGAAGGAGCAGACCACCAUGUGCAUGGCCAUUCUAAUACACAUGGAAAUUCGAUGUGUACCUAAAGGAUGAAUAACUAUUAUCUCCAAAGGCGAGAGACAGAUUAUUUAAAUACCAUGCUUCAUUUAGAUAUUGUUUCAUUGGAAGAUAAUAAAUAUAAUGUACUCGUA